CAACUCGCGAAACCACGUUCCAAUUCCUUCUACUAAAAUACUAUUCUGUAGAAUCUGCUUAGGCAUUCUUGCCUUUUCCCUUCUGAGUCCUCGACCCUCGUCGCCGCUGCCCCGCUCCUUCGCUAACCCUCGUCGCCGCUGCCCGGGCGCCGCGGCCGCCACCCAGUUGCCAGCUUCCUUUCCUGCACGAAUCGACGAUUGGGCAUGUCCGCCUCUCCGGCUGGAGUUGAAGGCAACAAGCCGGCAGCCGGCAGUGCUGCUCUUCCUGGCUGAACCUACGUGGCGGCGAUCAGACACCACUGGAAUAGAUCAGCAACCUGGGUGACACUGACACAGCCAUAGUAGAUCCAAUCGCCAAAGAUAAACAUAUAAUCUUAAUGGGGCAUGAUCAUACAACUCAUAUAGACAAGCUCACGGUGGAUGGUUCCAUUGCUGACAGGAAAUGUUGCCAGGAACCUGGCUGCGAUGAAAUUAUCAGUGGAAGGGUAAUGUACUGCAUUAGUCACACUAGUGGGCGUUCAUCUCAACAGCUUGGUUACCUCCAGAGUUCACAGAAAAGCUCGGAUUUAUACAUGACCCCUGUUAAAGGUAGACAGUGUACUGGGCCCAGUGCCAGUGCAGAGCAAGAUGUAAAUAUCAAGUAUGAGGGGAAUGAUCAAGGCAAACUCAAUGAUAGAUCUGGGAAUACUCGGGGAAACACUGGGCAACUAAUCUUGCGUGGUCCUGACAUGCUUUGCAAGCACGACAACUGCAAAAAGCAGGCCCAGGGCAACACAUUGUACUGCAAGCUACAUAGUGGUGGUAGUAAGGGUUGCCUAGUACGGGACUGUGUGAAGGCUGCACAUGGUGGCACACCUCUAUGCAUUGGCCAUGGAGGAGGGAAGCGGUGCAUUGUCGCUGGAUGCCCAAAUGCUGCAUGUGGCCAGGGCCGUAGUGAGCAUUGUGUGAGGCAUGGUGGUGGCAAGCGAUGCAAAUUUGAAGGGUGCGUGAAGGGUGCACAAGGGAACACAGACUUCUGCAUCAGGCAUGGCGGGGGAAGGCGGUGCAAAACUGAAGGAUGUACAAAGAGUGCACAAGGACGCACAGAUUUCUGCAUUAAGCAUGGUGGCGGCACUCGGUGCCAGUUCCAAGGAUGCAAUUCCAGCGCAAAAUGGGGGACAGAUCACUGCUCUGUGCAUCGUAAGAGUUUGCUGGGCGAGACGCCUGAAGCUUUGUCACUUCCUUCUGCCAAGCGUCGUGGGGGCAAGAAACCCAAAAAGGAAGUAAAGCCAUCUGGGGCCUCCCAGUUGACUGUCACCACUACUGUAUCUAUUGCUGGAAGCAGCACACCACAGGCAAAGAGUAUUCUUCAUAUGGCUGCCAUGCCUUCAAACCGUGAAUUGUCACACAAGAUCGUGAUGGCAGCCGGGCAAGCUGCCAUGGCUCCUGCUCAGGUUCUACCACUGUCCAUGAAACCUCCAGCACCGUCGGGGACGGAGACGGAACCAACGGCGAGCAGCACGAUGCUGAAUCUUUAGAAAACAGGUGCAGGUGACUGCUUGCAUGCACGCUGUCAAUCUUUGGUUAUUGUUUCGGACCAAAAACAUCCAUGUCUUUAGGAAACUUGUCCAUAGUAAAAGUUGUUGCUGUCAGCUUGACAUCGCAUUUUCUGUUUGGUCUCUCUUCCGUCUAACAUGUCAAAUCUCUAUAUUCUGUAAUGGCCUGUGGUGCCUCGUUGUAUGGAAACUGCUCGUGGGACUAUGGGCUUUCUUUUCACCUCGUAAUUCUGCGGAAUUAUAAUUAUGGGAAACUGCCCACAGAAACGUCUUGGUUAUAGAA